AUGUCUUCAAGACUCGCGUUGGUCCUGGCUCUGCUGGCCAUGGGGCCUGCGAUUUUUCGCCAUGACGUGAACACGGAGAAAGAGAUGCUGGAGCAUGAGGAAUUCCUGCAAAAUAAGAUGACUCAGAUGCUGGAGGAGCCAAACCUGCCCAGCGAGUGCAAGCUCCUGAAGGAGCUGGUGGGGGAACUCCUGGAUGUCUGCCGAGCCCUUUCCAAGACCCUCUUCACGCCGGAGCUGCAGGCAGCUCCAGGGACAGACAGCCCUUCCGAAACCUGGAGCAUCGACCAGAACAGCAUCAACUACCGCCUGCUGGUGAUCCUGCGACCACCCUACGGGCACUUCUUCUUCCUGGGCACCACGGAGCAGCUGCCAGCAAGUCACUCCCGCAUCCGUGUGCUGCUGGAGUGCACGUGCUCCAGGAAGCAGCCGCUGGGGGAUAUGUCCUGUUUGCUCCACCCCACUGGCAAGGAUCGCAGCUUGAACCUGCGGGACAUCCUGUGCACAGGCAACUCCCUGGAUGUGGAGAAAGUCGCCCACUGGCUGCAAACUUUGGUGGCAUCAGCCUGGCUGCUUUUGCCUGCCUCGCAGCACUGCCAGCUCACGGUGCUGCCCUCCUGCCGGUCCUGCAGGUUCCAGCUGACAGGCAUGCCAGGCAGGCAGAUCACCACGGAGAUGGUGUUUGCAGUGGAGCAGGGGAGCUCAGGCGCCUACGUGUGCCUCGAGUAGGCAGCAGCCAACAUUGCCAGCGGCACAGUGGGGCUGGAGAGCAGCAUCAGGGACGGAGCACACGGUUC